AUGGCCAGAACUAAACAAUCUGCUCGAAAAUCGACGGGAGGGAAAACACCUCGAAACCAAAUUCUAGAACACAUUGUAUCCAAAACUCCUAGGGAUUCAGGUUCGCAAGUGGCAAAAAAGACCACCAACAACUUCGCAAAAAAAUCGGUUUCCUAUGGGGGAGUGAAGAAACCACAUCGUUUCCGCCCUGGCACCGUUGCUCUGCGCGAAAUCCGUCGCUAUCAGAAGUCCACUGAGCUCCUUAUUCGCAAGCUUCCGUUUCAGAGACUUGUGCGAGAGAUAGCUCAGGAUUACAAGACAGACUUGCGGUUCCAGUCGUCUGCUAUCAUGGCACUUCAGGAGGCAUCCGAGGCUUAUCUUAUUUCGCUGUUCGAAGACACUAAUCUAGCUGCUAUCCACUCUAAAAGGGUUACCAUUAUGCCAAAGGAUUUAUACUUAGCCCGGCGCCUCCGCGGAGAAGUUCGCCAUUAG